CGUACAGUCUCCCACAACUUGCACAUUUUAAAUACACUUCCUCAGCUUCUGUCUUUCUCUCACAACAGCAGCAAACACAAAAAAAUCAUUACUCGGUUCAUUGGACAACAAUAUGGUACAAUCAAAGAAGUUCAGAGGUGUCAGGCAGCGCCACUGGGGCUCUUGGGUCUCUGAGAUUCGUCACCCUUUACUGAAAAGAAGGGUCUGGCUCGGGACAUUUGAAACAGCCGAAGAGGCAGCUCGAGCAUACGAUGAGGCAGCCAUUUUGAUGAGUGGACGUAACGCCAAAACAAACUUUCCAGUGGCCAAAAACCAAACAGGCAAUGAAAAUUCGACGACUUCUAGCAGCAGUACUAGUGCGCUUUCUUCAAUCCUUAGCGAAAAGCUUCGCAAAUGUUGCAAAACCCCAUCUCCAUCUCUAACCUGUCUGAGGCUUGACACUGAGAAUUCUCACAUUGGAGUGUGGCAAAAGAGAGCAGGCCCUCGAUCUGGUUCAAGUUGGGUUAUGACAGUUGAGCUAGGAAAGAAAAAUGGGGAAGUACCUGAGACUAACAAAAUGCCCGUUUCAGAGGAACCGAGCGAAAUGGUGAGACAGGAAGAUGGUAAUAAUGGGUUAGAUGCGGAACAGAAGGCAGCAUUGCAGAUGAUAGAAGAAUUUCUCAACAGGAAUUGACCUGGUAUCGACAUCAGGUUUCACCAUAAUCGGGGACCUUGAUCUUCCAUAUGCACAUGUUAAUUCCUUGUGCUUGUUAUUUUACUUUCAAAUCCUA